AAAAUCGGUGCACAACGCAUGGACUAGCUUGUAGAGUGGCAGUGUAUGCACGGCAGAAAUAUCACUGAAUUGAAUAUUUAAUUCAAUUUCUCUCGGCAUUCCAUUUUACCUGUAUCUUUCGACUUUGAGCCACAUAAAGCCCUACUCUUCUUUUACCUGUUGUUUCAAGUUUUUUUUUUUUGUUUUACCUGUCGGGGAAAGGGAUUGGGAACAAGUUUGGAGUUCCGGCAGGUUUCAGAACUCAUUGGUUGGGUUCCGAAUUGGAGCAUCGAUUGCUUAUUGUUGGUUUGAGAGUUGUUGGUUCUCUGCCGAGGCUUCUUGGUUGAAUCUGCAGCAUGGAAGUGUUCAAGAGGGCCAUCCUACAGCCUGGGCCACCUGAAAGUUUUGCACUACAAACAGUUCAGGAAGUUGUAAAACCUCAAAAACAAACAAAACUAGCCCAGGAUGAGAAUCAAUUGUUGGAAAAUAUUCUUCGGACCCUGCUUCAGGAACUGGUGUCAUCUGCGGUACAAUCAGGGGAGCAAAUAAUGCAGUAUGGGCAAUCAAUUGAUGAUGGGGAAACUCAGGGUCAUAUUCCUCGUCUUCUCGACAUUGUGCUGUAUCUUUGUGAGAGAGAACAUGUUGAAGGUGGCAUGAUAUUUCAACUGUUGGAAGACUUGACAGAAAUGUCUACAAUGAGAAACUGUAAAGAUAUUUUUGGUUACAUAGAGAGCAAGCAAGAUAUUUUAGGGAAGCAAGAGCUUUUUGCUCGCGGGAAACUUGUAAUGUUGAGAACGUGCAAUCAACUUCUUCGUCGUCUAUCAAAGGCAAAUGAUGUGGUGUUCUGUGGGCGAAUUCUCAUGUUUUUGGCACAUUUUUUUCCAUUAUCUGAACGCUCAGCUGUGAAUAUAAAAGGAGUUUUUAACUCAUCAAAUGAAACAAAGUAUGAGAAAGACCCUCCUGAUGGAAUAUCUAUUGAUUUCAACUUUUAUAAGACCUUUUGGAGUUUACAGGAAUAUUUUUGCAACCCUGCUUCUUUAACUCCUGCUCCUGCAAAGUGGCAGAAAUUCACAUCCGGUUUAAUGAUUGUCUUGAAUACAUUCGAAUCUCAACCAUUAAGUGAUGAAGAGGGGGACGCUAAUAACUUGGAGGAAGAAGCAGCAAAUUUCAGCAUUAAAUAUCUUACAAGCACUAAACUGAUGGGUUUAGAAUUGAAGGAUUCAAGCUUUCGACGCCAUAUUCUGGUGCAGUGCCUCAUAUUGUUUGAUUAUCUGAGGGCUCCAGGAAAGAACGAGAAAGAUUUGCCAUCUGAAAGCAUGAAAGAAGAAAUAAAAUCAUGCGAGGAGCGUGUGAAAAAGCUGCUUGAAAUGACUCCACCUAAAGGGAAGGAUUUUCUCAGUAAAACUGAACACAUAUUAGAACGAGAGAAGAAUUGGGUGUGGUGGAAACGCGAUGGUUGUCCGGCAUUUGAAAAGCAACCACUAGAGAAGAAAACAGUGCAAGAUGGAGCUAAAAAGCGUAGACCAAGGUGGAGACUGGGAAAUAAAGAACUUUCUCAGCUGUGGAAGUGGGCAGAUCAGAAUCCGGAUGCAAUGACUGAUCCUCAACGUGUCCGAACACCUUCCAUCAUGGAGUACUGGAAACCCUUGGCUGAAGACAUGGAUGCAUCAGCUGGAAUAGAAGCUGAAUAUCACCACAAAAAUAAUCGGGUUUAUUGUUGGAAAGGUCUUCGAUUUUCAGCUAGACAGGACUUGGAUGGGUUUUCUAGAUUUACAGACCAUGGGAUUGAAGGUGUUGUUCCUUUAGAACUUUUGCCACCUGACGUUCGGUCAAAAUACCAAGCAAAGCCAAACGACAAGUCUAAGCGAGCUAAGAAGGAAGAAACAAAGGGUGCUGCACCACAAGUUGAGGACAAUCAGAUUGCUACUCCUGCAAGUGAAGUUGAUGGUGAGGGAAUCAGAGCUGAUCUUGAAGCCUCGGCAGCACAGAUGGAUAUUGAUGCCACGGCAACUGGAAAUAUAUCCCAAGGUGGCACUCCAACACCAGAUGAACAUCAGAAGCAAAGUUCCGACACUGAUGUUGUUCAAGAGGCAGGUCAGUUAGAAGCUGAUGCUGAGGUUGAGACGGGAAUGAUGGAUGGAGAGACUGAUGCCGAAGUUGAUUUAGAUGCUGUUGGCUGAUAUGAUAAGAGUUGAGGGACGUUCUUGGUUGCACUUAAAUCUUUAAUUAAAAGCAUGUGCGCAUCGUAUUUUUCCCACCACAAUGGAUUUUUCUGGUGUUUUUAAUGUAACUACCAGAUUUUGGGGAACAUUAAUGCCUCUAUUGCAAGUGUUUACAGAGUGCGCGCGUUUAUAUAUAUAUAUAUAUAUAUAUAUAUAUAUAUAUGUAUAGCCAGAGUGAAAGUGCAAUAUAUUUCGAAAGUUGGUAUCCUAGAUAGAUUUCGGUGAGGGCUUCGGACAGAAAGCAACUCAAAAGUAUUUGGCGUCAGCCCCUGUACUGGAAGACCUGAUUCCAGGAGUCAAACGUUUCGAGUCAUUUCUGCAGGCCUCCUGCUUUCCUUUAUUAUUAGAUCAUAUGCAGUGGCGGAGAUGGGGACUUGGGAUCUCCAGUAUUCUAAAACUACAGAACCAAAUGCGUUCACAUAGGGAAACGAAUGUCUUCGAUUGUUCGGAAGAUAUACUGAGAAAAAGUUAUGGCACUGGUGCGGCCUAAUAUGUACCCAAUGGUUUUUCACAGCAUUUUUAACAGCAGCUUAUAUGGGUGUUCUUGACCAACUACUACGGAAAUUAAUUGAUUGUAAGCUAUGCCGUUUGGGUA